CUUGAAACGAGUUGUGCUCAGAGAAGCAUUCUGCUAGGACGCGCGCAUCGUACAAGACCCCGUCUUAUACACGGCUUUUCGACCUCGAAGAUAGACCCCUAACCGAGUCUCUGUCUGCUCCUAGCCAUGCCCUACGAUAUCCUCGUCUUGGGCGCGACUGGUUAUACCGGUCGUCUGAUCGUGCGCUACCUCUACGCGCAUCACCAGUAUCGCACCAGCUUCACUCUCGCGAUCGCGGGACGCUCCCAGGCCAAGCUCGAUGCCCUCAUCAAGGAAGAGAAACUCGACGACUCGGUGCAGGUCCUAACAGUGGACGUCCUGAAGCAGGAGGAGAUCGAUCGCGCGGUGAAGGGCGCGAAGGUGGUCAUCAACACGGUCGGGCCAUUCGCGAAGUGGGGGACGCCGGUCGUGAGAUCGUGCGUCGAAAAAAACGUCCACUAUGUCGACAUCAGUGGUGAAGGGUUCUGGAUCAUAGACAUCAUCAACGAAUUCCACGACCGCGCCCGCCAGCAGGGCACCAUCCUCGUCCCUGCCUCGGGCUUCGACUGCGUGCCCUCCGACUACAACGCCUACCUCGCGCACAAGGCCCUCAAGUCCUUCGCGCCCGACGCGUCGCUCGCGGAGACGAUCAGCGCCUUCGUCUUCAAGAGCGGCUUCUCCGGCGGCUCGCUUGCCACGUCGUUCAACAUGCUCGAGCUCCCAAAGGAGAAGCUCAAAGCCAGCCAGGCGGACUGGGCGCUUAGUCCUGUCAAAGGCCGCCCCACCCCUCACUUCCAACUCUCCUACCGCCUCCCGCAUGUCUCGCCCCCCGUCUACGGUGGCCAGUUCAUGAUGUCCAUGGUCAACCGCCCGAUCGUCCAGCGCACCUGGGGCCUGCUGCAAGAGGGCGACCCCGCCGCGGCCUACGGCCCGAACUUCAAGUACAUCGAGUUCGCGCGGACGGAGAGCUGGCUCGGCGGUGUACUGCUAAGUCUGUCGCUUGCGAUUGGCGGGUUUUUGUUAUCUUUGAGCCCGAUCCGCGCGCUCGCGAAGAGAUUCCUGCCCGCUCCUGGGGAAGGCCCGCCGGAAGAGGACAUCGAGGGAGGGUACUUCAACAUCACGACGGUAGCCACGUCGGACCUGCUUCCCAAUGGCAAACCGCCCGUGCGUGUCAAGUCGUACUUCGCGGGCAAGGGCAAUGGGUAUCAGGUCACUGCAGUGACUACUUCCGAGGCUGCCCUUGCUAUCCUGCUCGACCAUGACAAGCUUCCCGCACUUGGCAAGAAGGGCGGCAUCCUGACGCCUGUGGCGGCGCUGGGCGAUGUCCUGCUCGAUCGCUUGCGGCCCACCGGGUGCUUUGAGGAGAAAGUUGAACUCAUUGAGGACAGGAAGGCUGUCUGAUAGGGGUGUUUGUGCAAUGAUCCGAGCUGUUCGUACUGAUGUUAGGACUUCUCUUGUAUGUGCUUUUUCCCAGUGGGCAAGGAUGGGAUGUAUGUUGCAUUACUGUGCUUGAACCAUAUGUUUACCAAUAAAUUAUUGAGUUUAUCCCCGUGAAGUACCCUUGCUUUCGCUAUGCCCACUUCCAUUUCUUGCACCCUUCCGAAGGCGAAAUCGCCCCUAAAACUGUAGAUCACGAGCAGAAGUCGCUGCGCUCGUUCUGCGGCAGCUCGAUUGUCUUGCCGUCGACCUCGGCGAGGAUACCCCAGCCGAAUGACGGCAUGGCGUCAAGCUCGACGGUGUAGAUAACAUAACCGUUGGCAUCGGCGUCGCCC